GAUCAAGCCAAACAGUAGAAACUUUAAAGAAGAACACAGCUGGAGACAAAAUGAUAUAGGGAGUAGAUACCAGGGGUCCCUUGGCCAGUGAGGGCCAGUGUCUCUAUGGAGGCCCCCAAGCCCCCAAAGUGUGUCCAGCUGGGGCAGAGGGAGGAGGGAGAUCAGCGGGAGGAGGGAGAUCAGGGCACUGAUGGAAGCCCAACACCAUGCAUUGACAGUGAUGAGGGAAACCAGCUGUAAUCAUCUGUCUGCCAAAGACUAGGAACAAAUGUGUAUACUAUAUGUAUGAAGAGUGUUGAAUAAGUCAUGAGGUCCCACUUGAAAAUGUCAGAUGGUCAAAUGUUUGAAUACAGAGGCUAGGUAUUAAAAUGCAGUGUGUUUGCUCUUUCGGUCCUGGGCUGAAGAGGUCAAGGUAGAGGCUUCAGUUACACUCCCAAGGACCCACUAGGAGAGAGAGACCCCGGUAAAGACCAGCAGAGCAAAGCCCUGUGCCAGCGACACACUCAAAUGUUCCUGAACCUCACCACAGAGAAGGGCCUACAGCAAAUACCAUCGCCACCAGGUGAGGGAAGAGUGAGGCGCAGCUUGCUCAACCUGCCCAUCAUCAACCCAGAGAGACUGCGGACAGCCAAAGUACUGGUCGACAAAGCUGUAAAGAUGCGUAUGGUAUUUUCCAUACAAGGUCCAUACCCUGUGGUUCGGGCUUCCCUGAAGGCGAGGGGUUGGGUAGAGCGUCGCCUGCCGCGUCCAAACCAGCACUGGAGCCGGUGCCGUGGAGAUGAUGGGAAUGAUGCUGAUGACAGUGAUGAUGACGAUGACAGCCCAGAGGACAGAGAGGAAGACCCAGAUGACAUGUAUGACCUCAUGUCUCGCAUGGUGAGGAACGAAACGUCAUAUUUCUAUUGGACGACACGUAGAGAGACAGUGGACAACCGCUCAUUGCGAAAGGAGCAGAUGACCAAUCACUAUGCCAAAGCAGGCACCUUCACCACCAAGGUUGGGUUGUGUGUGAACCUGAGGAACCUGCGUUGGUUUGAUGCUGCAGACCUUGACUCCUUCUUCCCACGUUGCUACAGGCUGGGAGCAGAGGAUGAGAAACAUGCCUUUAUCGAGGACUACAGGAGGACAGCCUGCACCAGCCUUUUACAGUGUGUUGUGGAGAGGAGUCGGGGCGAGCGGGGAGAGGGAGAGGGAGGUGGCACAGCUGGAUCAACUGACCAAUCAUGUCAAAGUCAGAAAAAGGCAUGCAAGCGUCGAGCCAUUUCAAUGGUGGUCUCCAGAAUGAUUGAUAGUGCACUAAAAGUUUGCCAGGACUUCCUGGACAGCUUGGAACACAAUGACAUAGACAUUGCCUUGGAAACACCGCCAUCCCUAACAGAACAAGAGUGGCUGGAGUUCAUCCACAAUUACUACCUGGUUGUCCAUGAUGGUGUAGAGAUAGAGGAGAGUGUUCACUAUGUGAACAGCUGUCAGGCUAUGUUGCGGAAGCUUCGUGAUGUCAGUCCACAGCUAGACACAGACGGCAUCCACAACAUCUGGAUCGUCAAACCUGGGGCCAAGUCCCGGGGCAGAGGCAUCAUGUGUGCCAAGCGGCUGGAUGAUAUCCUGAGGCUGGUGGACAGUGACCCAGCCCUGAUCAAGGAUAGUAAGUGGGUGGUGCAGAAGUACCUGGAGCGCCCCCUGCUGGUCCACGGCACCAAGUUCGACCUGCGCCAGUGGUUCCUGGUGACUGACUGGAACCCUCUCACUGUCUGGUUUUAUAAGAAGUGCUACCUACGCUUCUCCACCCAGCCCUACUCAGUAGAGACACUGGACAGUUCUGUCCACCUGUGUAACAACUCCAUCCAGAAGCACUUUCAGCCCUCCCAGCAGCGUCACCCAGAGGUGCCUGAGGACAACAUGUGGUCAUGUGACCAGUUCCUGGCCUUCCUGUCUGGACAGGGCCGAGCAGCACAGUGGGGGUCUGUGGUGGUCCCGGGGAUGAAGAAGGCUGUGGUCCAUGCCCUGCAAACUGCCCAGGACCUGGUGGAGUCACGCCGAGGGAGCUUCGAACUCUACGGAGCCGACUUCAUGCUAGGUCGUGACCUAAGGCCAUGGCUGAUUGAGAUCAAUGCCAGCCCCACCAUGGCCCCCUCUACAGCAGUGACAACACGCCUGUGUGCGGCCGUGCAGGAGGACACUCUCCGGGUGGUCCUGGACCGUCGCCUGGACCGAGGGUCACACACUGGGGGCUUUCAGCUUAUAUACAAACAGGCAGCAGUGGAGGUGCCUCAGUAUGUAGGGGUCAACCUGCUUGUUGAGGGCUCCCAGAUCAGACGGCCCCGCCCUCCUCCUCAAAAAGCCUACAAAUCCUCUAAGUGUCGUACCAACCAACCAGCGCCCAGACGCCCACAUCAAAGCAAGGAGAACGAGGCUGUGGCAGAGAAAACCAAGCCGGCCCCUUCUAAGAAGGGUCUGAAGGCUGAGGUACGACACCUCACCUUCUCUGACAUCAGAAUCCAGACCCCACCUUCUACUGAGAGGCCCCUGGCCGGGGAGUCCUGGAGGCUGCAGCGUCUGGGCCUGGGCCUGGUUGACUCCCUCCAGCUGCCCCCUAGGGCCCAGUCCCGCUCCAUGGACUGCUGGCGGAGACCCCAGGUUAUUGUGCCCUGGUCAGGGCGAGCACGCCCCUUUGCUGCCCCUGAUAUCUACAAAGGCCCUGUCCUUCCCCUGGAGGUCGUCAGCCUUCAAGACCCAGACAGGGAGCCCAGUGCCCUGCUUGUGCCAGCUCCUCUGGUCCCCCAUGCUGAGUUCAGGUUCCAGAAGUUUCUCAGGCAACAGAACCUCCACCGUAGGGUGAUAAGGACCGCAUGUGUAGGGAGAGGAACUCACAAGAGCUCAUGAUGGGUUAUGGAUGGGUUAUUGAACCAUUCACUGACUGCUGCCUGAUUUUGAAAGCUGUCUUUUUGCACUCAGCCAUUGUAGGCCUACCUCAUCAUAAUAAAGUCCAUAUUGAAUCCACUUACAUUUUCAGUCUUGGUAUGUUUUGCAUUUCUGUAUUUCCCUUUAUACUGCUGUCAUUUAUUAAGAUAACUGUGUACUGUAGUCUUUUUGUCCAACUUGGAAACCUGGUCUCAGAGCAUUUCGUAUUAUUCUGUACUAAAUCUGAGAGGCUCCAUUUAGUAUGUGUUACGUUUCAUAUGGUAUGUAUUAACUUAUGGAUGUCCAUCACCCAUUUCGUAUGAUAUGUUACGAAUUACAAUUCGUAUUAUACUUUACUUAUUAUACCCUACGAAUAUGCGCAGUGUACAAUAUGUUAUGAAUUUGCUAAAUGUAUGAUAUGUUACGAGUUCUAGCUA